AUGCAGUCCAUCACGGGCAAGGUGACGUUUCUCGAGAAAUCGGGAACGGGCCCGCCCAACUCGACGGGCGCGUACGAGCUGGAUCUGGACGCCCUGGAUAACUGGAGUCUGGCGUGGAAGCAGAUGAGCGUGCGGACCGACAUCUUUUGCUCGGCCAGCGUCAUCCUGCCCGACGUUGCCGGCCGCCAGCUCAACGUGGGCGGGUGGUCCGGAGAGUCCACCGAGGGUGUCCGCCUCUACACCCCCGACGGGUCGCCUCGCGUCCAGGGACCCAACGACUGGCAAGAGGACGUGGACAUCCUAAAGCUGCAAGACGGCCGCUGGUACCCCUCGGUGAUGACCAUGGCCAACGGGUCCAUCCUCGUCGUCGGCGGCGAGGAAGGCUCCAACGGAGCCGCUGUGCCGAGCCUCGAGGUGCUUCCCUUCACGGGGACCCCUCCGCUGUACAUGGACUGGCUGGAGCGGACGGACCCCAACAACCUCUACCCGUACCUCUUCGUGCUGCCGAGCGGCGGCAUCUUCGUGUCGUACUGGAACGAAGCCCGCAUCCUCGACGAGAAGACGUUUGAGACGAUUCGCAUCCUUCCCAACAUCCCCGGCGCCAUCAACGACCCGUACGGCGGCCGAACCUACCCGCUCGAAGGCACCGCCGUGCUCCUGCCCCAGCGCGCUCCCUAUACGGAGAACCUCGGCGUGCUCAUGUGCGGCGGCUCGACCGAGGGCGUAUCCAACGCGCUGGACAACUGUCACGGCGUGGCCGGGUUCGGCCUGGCCACGGACCCCAACCUCAACGCGCUCCUGUACGACCCUAGGAAGCCGGCGGGCAAGCGCAUCACCGUCAUGGCCAACACCACCAUCCCCCGGCUCUACCACUCCGAGGCCAUCACCCUGCUCGAUGGCCGCGUGCUCAUCUCCGGCUCGGACCCGCAGGACGGCGUGCACGACCAAGAGUACCGCGUCGAGGUGUUCAACCCGCCCUACCUGCACAAGAACCUCCCGCGACCGACUUUUACGCUGGCCAACAUCGACUGGGCCUACGACGAGACUAUUUCCUUUACGCUCGGGUCGGCGGCGACCAACGGCCGGAUCGAAGUCUCCCUCUUGGGGUCCGUGGCGAGCACGCACGGCAACUCGAUGGGCGCGCGGACACUCUUCCCCGAGGUUCAGUGUAGCGGGAGGAGCUGCACAGUGGUGUCGCCGCCCGACGCGCACGUGUGCCCUCCGGGCUGGUACCAGUUCUUCGUCCUCGAUGGGGGCAUCCCGGCGGUGGGUGUGUACGUGCGCAUCGGCGGUGAUCCGGCGCGGCUGGGCGAGUGGCCGGAAGGCCCGUUUACCCGGCCCGGGAUGGAGUUCCCGGGCAACAAUUGA